GCGGGGCAGGGAGAGUGAGCGGUGUGUGUGGAGUCAGGAGUUUCUCCACUGUUUAAUACCCACUAACUUACACCUUUAACAGAGCACGGGUAAUCGCGCUGUCCUGUACUUGCAGCAACGCUCCUUCCUCAACUCUCUGCAUUUAGAGUCUCUCACCCAGUCUGCUGUUUUCAAUCAGCAUCGCUCCCACAAAGUUGGAGUUUCAGCAGGUUAUCUGGUCCUUUACUUCCCUACCUUCCCUCUUUCCCCCACCCUCCUUCAGGCUUGCCGGAGCAAUGCCGCAAGCCUCGGAAGCAAAUAACCCUCAAUGUAGAUCAUUUGGGAAGGAACCUUCUAUAACGGAGAAGGAUGAUUGCCUUCAUAUCAAACGUUCCCCUUCAUCGCCCCAAGGUGGGCCCAAGAAGAGAUCCGCUUUUGAAGAUCUCACAAAUGCCAAACAAGGUCAAGAUCAGGUUUCGAAGAAAAAAGCUGGGAAGGUGGUGGGUAAGAAAACUCAAAAAAGUGUCAUUGCACAAGAAACCUUGAAAAAUGAAGAGAAUAAUUUAAAAAGUACAGAACCUAAAGCUCCUCUGGAGCAUCAGGAUAAUGCAGGAGUACAGAAGAAACCCAAGAGACCGGUACCGACUGAAGAAAAAGCAGCUGAUGUAGAUAAAUCAGUAGACCCCAAGUUGCCUGACUAUGAUGAAGUUGAUGAAGAGAAUUUGAAAGACCCAUUCCUGAAUGCAAUCUAUGUGAAUGAUAUAUUCAACUAUAUGAAGGAGAGGGAGAAACAAUUUGUUCUAAAAGGCUAUAUGGAAAAGCAACCUGACCUGAACAUUGAGAUGAGGGGAAUUUUAGUCGACUGGAUGGUUGAGGUGCAGGAAAAUUUUGAACUGAAUCAUGAGACUCUGUACCUAGCAGUGAAGCUAGUGGAUCAUUACCUGGCACUGACGGUGUGUAUGAGGGAAACACUGCAACUUCUGGGUUCUACUGCAAUCCUCAUUGCUGCAAAAUUUGAUGAGCGGUGUCCUCCCUGUGUGGAUGAUUUCUUGUACAUCUGUGAUGAUGCGUACCAAAGGGAGGAACUGCUCUCAAUGGAGGUUAACAUUCUCCGAACCCUGAAGUUUGAUAUCAAUAUUCCUGUGGCCUAUCGAUUCUUGAGAAGAUAUGCAAAGUGUGCUAGAGCCAACCUUGAGACAUUGACGCUUGCACGUUAUAUCUGUGAGUUGACCCUACAGGAAUAUGAGUUUAUCUGGGAGAGUGCUUCUAAAUUAGCAGCAUCCUGCCUGCUACUAGCCCUCAAGAUGAAAGAGCUUGGAGGAUGGACUCCGACUCUGGAACAUUACACUGGAUAUCAUGUCACUGACUUGCACUCGCUGCUGAGGAGACUAAACCUUUUGCUUUACAGUAAGCCAGAUGAAAAGCUGAAGGCUGUUCGGUACAAGUAUGCUCACAAGGUAUUCUUUGAAGUAGCAAAAAUCCCACCCAUUGACGUUCUGAAGUUAGAAGACCAGCUUAAGGUGGACACAUGAUCAAAUCAAAUCCCGACAGUCUGGGGAAGUGGUGCUGUAUCACCCAUAAUCAUAAAGCUGAUUACAUGUGUGUAUAUAUAUUGUGUAAAUACUUGUGUAAUAUUGCUUUACUGUACCUCUGCUAAGCAGAAGCAAUUGUGUAAUUAAUCAUAAUUGUUACUUUUUAUUAUGUAACAUUCAAAUUCAAUUGAAUAACAAAAUAACUGAAGAGCUGAGAAGAGGCUGAUCUGUUCAAAACAUGAAGUUCAACAAUUUUUUUUUUCCCCCCUCUUCAAUCUAAAACUUUGAAUAUGGUGUAAGUGACAAUGAGCUAUUGGCCUGUGAAAAACAUGGCACAGCUUGUUUCUUUUUAUUUGCCAUAAGAAUGUUAUUAAUAAAUAACCACUGAAUAUAUUAGACGUUUUGAUAUCUUAAACUUCAAGUUUUUAAAAAAGUACCAAUUCUUAACAUUGUAGAUUUUAAAAAAUCUUGUUGAAAGAAUUAGGGUACUGAGUGUCCUCACACAUAAUGUUCUGUCACUGUUAGUGAAAUUGUUCCUUUUUUUUUGAACUGAAUGUAAGUAAAUUUUCACCCCCCCC